GUCUUAAUAAUAAUAAUUUAUUAAACUUUGAGCGCUUUUUAUAAUAUAAAUCUCAAAGAGCUUCAUAAAUAAACAAGCAAUAUAUCAUGACAGGUCAACCAAUAGAGGCCAAGUCUUUGAAUGCUGCAUACUCUGCAGGUGGAGAGGGUCAGUUCAUGGUUUGAGAGGAUGGAACUGGUCAGAGGAUGGUAAAUGAUGGUGAUGGAGUUUGCUGUUGAUCUUGUACAGGGCAAGUCUGUGAACCAGCCUAAGUCAAAUAGCCACUGGAAUUCUCCUCUUCCACUCUGUGAAGCACCUACUUGGGUGAUGCCUCGACAUUCCUGUCACUAUUAUGAGAGGAAUUAUUCUAAUUAAUAAUAAUUCAAUUAUGGCUAAACCCAGCCUAUUUCUACAAUGUAUCUUUUGAACAUUUUAUUUUAAACCUUAGCCACACUGCUAACCGUAUGUCUAACCUUAAAUUACGACCCAAAAGCACAUUUUUGUUGUCAGAUCUUUACGAUAUUGGCAGCCAAUUCCGACUUUGUGGCUGUCGACUCUAGUGGAAAUCCAAUCGAUGUGUCGAAGUCAACGAACAUCACUGAUUUGGGGUUUCCACUAGAUAGUCCCUUGACUUUGUAGAUGUGCUAUGUCGUAAAAAAUCAUGAAAUUAGCUUUUUGGUCUUAAUUUAAGGUUAAGCAUGCGGUUGGCAGUGUAGUUAGGGUUAGGUUUAACAUUUGAUUUGUGGCUGUGGUAAUCUGACUUUUUGCCUCAAGAUCCACACCACACAAGAGUCGACAGGCAGCUAACGCACAGUUAGCCUUGGCAGUGCACACGAGAGAAGCAAAAUAAGAAUUUGUCACAACAUUUUCCUGAUUUCCCAAGCAAAUGAAUACUUUUCAGAGACAUCUGUCCAAUUCUCAAAAACCCGGGUGCACUGACGGCAGUCAUCGAUCUUUUUGAAGAACGUGAGGCAGACGCAUCCCCAAGUAGCACUGAUUGAUGGCGAGUCCCCAUGGCUGUGUUUUUACGACAGGCAGCCCAAUUUGGUCAUUUGACCAAUCAGAUCUGAGAAAGAUCUGAUGUGAAAUAAUCAAAUGACCAAUUGGUGGGAAAAAAAUAUCAGAAUUGGGCUGCCUGUAUAUAAGGAGCCCAUGUCACCCAGUCAUAUGCAGCUCCUGUGGAACGUUGACAUGAGAGGCAAUGGGACUAGAGCAUGUGUCACUGAGGACACCAUGCAGCUCCCCAAUUGAUUCGCUGUCUGGGAAUUAGGCAAUUCUGAGCUCUUUGAUGGUUACAACUGCAGCUGUCAUAUAACCACAUAUUUCAUAUUUACAUAUACACAUAUUUCCUUCAACACCAUGGAUUGUCACUGUGUUCUAACAGUGUGAUCUAUGUCCUGUAUGUCUGGCUGCUCAGGGGUUUCUCUUCAGAUCCCUUCUAGCCCAGAGGUUAGGAGUGGGAUUUGUACUGGUCCGGAAGAUGGGAAAGCUCCCAGGGCCUACACUGUCUGUGGCACACAAUCUGGAGUAUGGAGAGGCUGAGGUUAAGAUCCAGGAGGAUGCAGUGGCUCCAGAACAGAAAGUGCUUCUCAUCGAUGAUUUACUAGCCACUGGAGGAAACCUGUAUGCUACCUGUGAGCUCAUGAAGAAACAGAAUGCAGAGGUAAUGGGCUGCAUGGUGGUCAUUGAGCUAAAUGGGGUUGAAAAGCUGAAGCCAAAUGCCCUCUUCUCCCUGGUGCAGUAUUGAGGUCAAAACAAUUCCAAAUAAUCCACUCAACUGUAAUGGAGACCAUUUUUACAUAGGAAUGCUUUGGAAAGUUUACCUAUGCACUAUAAAGCAAAUGGCAUUCAUUUUCUAAGUAUACAUAGUAUGGCUGUGACGGUCAUGGAAUUUUGGAAGACUAUUUGGCCAGCCAAAUGACCACGCUCAGUGUAGUAAUUUGAAUAGCAGCAAAUACCAAAACAAAAAAAGCAUUUUUACACAGUAUUUUCUCCUCUCCUCCGCUCGACUGCAUGUGCUGCCAUAUAAAUAGAAUGGGCGGCCAUAUUCAAGUCAAUGAUGGCAUAAUGCGUGAACUGGCGAAGCAGGAAGUGUACCAUAGAAAAAGAGGCAAAUUCAAGAGGAUUUACUCUUGCCAAAAACCAGUCCACAUGAGAUGAGCCCUUUUUUGUAUGGAACUCUAUCAAAGAAGCCUCACGUAAUUCAACAAAGCCACUUCUUACAUUGGUUCAAAAUACUGCCCCUACAAUGUGUAGAUGAGUUAUAAAAAAAAAUAUCCAAAAGGAAGUGCCAGCAGCACACCACCCAGCGUCCCACUGCUGGCUUGCCGCGGAAGCUAUGCAGGGUUGGAUGACCAGAUGCUGCUGGAAGUGUUGUUGGAAUGCCAGUGGAAGGCAUUCUUUCCUCUGGUCUUUAAAAAAAUCCCAAUGUCCCAGGGCAGUGAUUGGGGACAUUGCCCGGUGUAGGGUGCAGUCUUUCACAUGGGAUGUUAAACAGGUGUCCUGACUCUCACUAAAGAGCCCAUGGCACUUAUCGUGAGAGUAGGGGUAUUAACCCCGGUGUCCUGGCUAAAUUCCAUUACCUAAUUAUCCCCAGCUUCCAAUUGGCUCCAUCUUUUCCUUGUAAUUAUUCCCUAGGUCAUAGCUGUAAAUUGUGUUCGUAGCCAAUUUACCUAAAAUAAGGGUUAAAUAAAAUGUGGCAUAACUGAGAACUUAGUUUUGCACACGUAUCUGGCUUCAAUCAUUGAGGACAUGCAUUUCCAUUGUUAGUAGUCACAGCUAGCUUGUCAAUAUAAUAGAUCACCUUAAGUGUACCCAAUGUGCGUUUUUUUUUAUGGUUACAUUAGUCUUCCUCCAUAACCGUCAGUUGUGUGCUAGCCCUAAGUAUCAAUGACUAAAGGUGCCUUUUGGUAUUUAAUUACUGUACUGGUGCAAUUGUACGAGGCAGUCAUUUUGUCAAUAUACUUGGUUCAUUGUGCACUACAUAGAACAAGAACCUGCUUGAUGGAAAUCCAUUGUGCAAGCAAAAACAAAAGGCAGUUUGUCAAGGGUAAAAAUAUUUUUACUCCAAUGCUAGUGUGUAUGUAAUACAGCUUUAAAAAAUAAUAAAAAUGAUUAAACACA